AUGGCUUCCGUACCCACGCUUCGAGAGCUUGCAAAGCAAGUCUCUGAAUCCAUCUCAGACGAACAUCUCGCCGGUAGUACGUUUGCUAUUGGCGGUGAGAUCCCAAUUGAGCAGCCCAAAGACGAAUCUAGCCCUACGACUCAGGUUGUGUCUUCUUCGGUCGUUCUUCGGUGGGACAAUCCGGGGGAACAUCCUGGCCCCCAGCGAGUCUCCUUCCCAGUCGCUUCAGAUGACGACGCUGUCGCCUUCAAUCACCUCCUCAAAGCCUCUGAAAAGGCUACAUUCGGUCUCAACGGACGGCACGAAUUCGAUGAAACGUACCGCAAGGCUCAGAAGCUCGGUGCGGGUGAUUUCUGCACCACCUUCUGCCCAUAUGAAACAGGCAUCAUCGACGCUGUUUGCCAGGUUCUUCUCCCUAGCUACGAUACGGACGAAGACACGCGGGCAAUCCGGGCGGAGCUGUACAAUAUGAAUAUCUACUCUGGUCCUUCGGGCAAGUUCAAGGCGCACGUCGAUACUCCUCGUUCGCCCUACCAGAUUGGCUCUUUGGUUGUCUGUCUUCCGAUGAAGCAUGAGGGUGGCGAGCUGGCAGUGAGACAUUUUGGACAGACUCACACCUUUGACUGGGCCAAGAACUCCAACAACUCCGUCAUUCAGUGGGCGGCCUUCUACAGCGACUGCGAACAUGAAGUGCUCGAGGUCAAGUCCGGUCACAGAGUUACACUCACAUACAACUUAUAUGCCACAGCAGGAAACGGAGAACUCGCAGGUGAAACGUCUGCUUUCAGCCCUACUUCGCUGCCACUCUAUAGCCAGAUCGUAGACUUGCUCGGCUCCAAGAAAUUCCAGUCCAAGGACAGACUUCUGGGAGUCUACAGCACGCACGCGUAUCCUCACACCGAAAAGGAACACGGCCUUCCGUUCUGCCUCAAGGGUCUUGACAUGGUGCUCUACAACACCUUCAAGAGCCUAGGCUUGAAAGUCAACUUGUGUGCCAUUCUCGAAAACCCGAAAGGCUUUUGCAGACGUAAGCUUUACAAUGGAGAGUUUUCCGAUGAGGAUUCAGAUACCGAGCCAACGCAGAAGGUGACAUUGGCGAAGAACGAUAGCGGGGACAAAUUUGACUCGGACGGCGACGAUAGCGGGGACCAAUCUGACUCGGACGACGACGAUAGUAAUAAGUACUACACCAGAACCGUCGGAUACAUCAAUCAAGCAUUCUCCACUGACGAGCUGGUUGAGGACGACGAUGAUCUGAAAAGCAUCAUCAGCCGGGCCAUGAGAACCAACAAGGUCAAGUUCGACGCCAGCAAGAUCAUCUGGCUGAACAAGAACAAUGGCGAGUCGAAUAUGCAGGUGUCAUAUAUGGCAUACGGCAAUGAGCCAUCCUCCGAGGAAAUCUACUCAUACUUUGCGAUGGUCAUUGAGAUCCCUGGUGUUGGAGUGAAUGCAAGCGAUAACGCGGAAGCGUAG